AAUCCAGGGGACGCGCGUAAAUAACGUCAUGCAGCCGCGGUGCAUUGUGGGAUUGCGGAGGAGUGGGGCGGUGAAUGGUACAACACAACUUCAGAAAUGGACGUGUUUUUGAUGAUCCGGCGUCAUAAGACGACCAUCUUCACCGACGCCAAGGAGUCCACAACUGUUUAUGAGCUCAAGCGCAUCGUCGAAGGCAUCCUGAAGAGACCGCCUGAGGACCAGAGGCUUUACAAGGAUGAUCAGCUGCUAGAUGACGGUAAAACACUGGGAGAUUGUGGUUUCACUAAUCAGACGGCCAGACCUCAGGCUCCUGCUACAGUCGGACUCGCCUUUCGAAUUAAUGACGAUGCAUUCGAGCAGCUCCAAGUGGAUCCUUUCUCGAAUCCUCCUGAGCUUCCUGACGUGAUGAAGCCUCAGGACUCGGGCAGCACGGCCAACGAGCAGUCGGUGCAGUAAAACAUGAAAGAAAGAGAAAAAAAAAACGCCAGAGGAGAAGGAGAAAUCUGCCGCUCCGCUACCAGGGAGUUCCACCCAGACUGAACACUCAGAAGGGGUUAGGGGUUUCAGAAACCAAAAACAGGACACAGUCGACACCCCUCAACACACUCCCACCUCCCCUAUUCCAC